AUGAGUACUGUUGGUAGUCUUGCUAUCUUUAAUGCUACAAAUCUAAUUAGAAAUGAAGACAAAACAACGAUGUUGACUACAAUAGAAGAAACAACAACAUCUUAUAAAGGUUAUUUAUUUUUUGAAAUUUAUACAGCUGAUGAACAAGGUGCUGGUACUGAUUCGAAUAUAUAUGUUACCAUUGUUGGAACAAAAAAUAAUUUGACUCGACAAGCAUUAAGAAGUAUUGGUCCAUCAAUGAAUGCAUUUGAACGAAAUCAAGUGGAUGUAUGUAUGAUAUAUACAAAUGUGAAAUUCGAUAAAACAGAUAAUAUUAUACAAGGUGUUGAACUUAUUAAUGAUGGUAAAUGGGUUGGAUCACCUUGGAAACCAAGUUGUAUCUAUCUCAGUGGAGUAGAUGGUGCUCAAACGAAUGAUCAAUGGAUUAUUUCAGGCAAUCCUGUUUUUAUUUCUUUAUUAGAACCAAAUAAAGCUGUAUGUUAUGCAUAG